AUGAAAUAACAUAGCCCUUAGAAUUUAUAAUAAAUUCAAAUCGAUAAAAUAUAGAUAUUGACAGAUAUUGAUAAAACUCAUUAAUCGACAGUAAUCAUAAAUCUAAUCAAAUACGAAUCACAAAUAAUGGUCUAAAAAGUAAAUUUUUAAAAAUGAUAAAAAAGAGUAUAUUACUCAGUUCUUUACAGACUUAAAAAUAGAUUGAGCAUUUACAUAAUGAAAAAUAAGCUUUACAUGAACUUAAUUAUCCAUCAAUUAAUAAAAUGUAAUAAACUCUAGAUUACUAUAUCCUAGUAUUGCUACCAAUAAGGAUGACUUAAAUAUUCAUUUAUUUUUGAAAUUUGAGAAAGGAAUGCCUUUACAUAAAUUAUUAAGAAACGUAGGCAAACUUAAUACAAAAUUCUCUACUUUAUUUUUUAUUCAAAUAUUGAUAACUUUUAACUAUCUUCAUGAAAAUGGUUGGCUUUAUAGGGAUUUAAAAGCUUCUAAUGUUAUCAUCACUUAAGAGUUUAGAAUUAAACUUAUUGAUUUUGGAUUGGCUAAAAAAAUUGAGAAGGGGAGAACUUCUACAUUUUGUGGUACAAUUCAUUCAAUGCCACCUGAGGUCAUAAAAAAUGAUGGAUAUGAAUAUGAUUAUUCUUUUGAUGUCUACACAAUAGGCAUUCUAUUUUAUGAGAUGUUAGUAGGAAAACCUCCUUUUGGAUUGAAUGAAUAAGGCAUUGAAUAAAAAAUUUUAGAAGGAAUCAAUGAAGAUUAGUUAUCUGCAAUAUAGGAUAUCAAAAUUAGAGAAAUACUAAAGAACCUUUUAUCUCAAAAUCCAGAAUAAAGACUAAGUUGUUAAUAGCUCUUGUAAGAAGAUUUUAUAAUAUAAAAUAAUUAUAUUGGGAUUUUAAAAUUUAUGGAAAAUGAAGAAGCAAGUUUGGAUGGUUACAAGUCUGAUUUAUAUGAUGAAGAGAUAUGUAAUUGUAAAUUUGUAUAAAUAGAUUUAUAUUGUACAUAAUUUGCCUUUGAAGAAAACGAUAGUGAUAAUGAUGACUUUCAGUUUUGA